CUGGGACGUCCCCGAGCCGCGGUAUCGCCCGUGGAGCCCAGUGCCAGCGGGAAGACAGGCCAGAGGCACUGCGUAGGAUCGGCAGGCUGCUCAGGAGGUGCCCUCUUCUCUGCUAUGAGCAGCAAUGGACCUGAAAAUUUUAUCCCUAGCAACAGAUAAAACAACAGAUAAGCUGCAGGAGUUUCUUCAAACCCUGAAAACCGACGACUUGACCGAUCUCCUUCAGAGCCAAGCAGUGAAAGGAAGAGCUGUUGGAGCAUUCCUGAGAGCCAUCUUCAAAGGCUCCCCCUGCUCUGAGGAAGAUGGAGCCCUUAGGAGAUCCCAGGUGUAUUCUUGCUGUAUUCAGUUGAUCGAAUCAGGAGAGCUGCAGCAAGAAGUGGCGUCUGCGAUCAUAGGAUUGCUCAUGCUGGAGGUUCACCAUCUUCCAGGACCAUGGCUUGUUGAAUUAGCCAGUGAGUUUGUCAGUGCUAUCAGAGAGGACCGGCUAGUAAAUGGGAAGUCUCUGGAGUUACUGCCCGUCAUCCUUACUGCCUUGGCUACCAAAAAGGAAGUGCUGACUUGCGGGAAAGGUGAUUUGAAUGGAGAGGAGUAUAAACGGCAGCUGAUUGACAGCCUGUGCUCCGUCAGAUGGGCUCAGCGAUAUGUGAUCCAGCUCACGUCAAUGUUCAAGGACGUCCAUCUGACGACAGAAGAGAUGGAUCUCGUGGUGGCAAAAGUGUUGGCAAUGUUUCCAAAGUUGAAUCUUCAAGAAAUACCGCCAUUGGUCUAUCAGCUUCUGGUUCUCUCCUCCAAGGGAAGCAGGAGGCGUGUUUUGCAUGGCAUCAUAGCCUUCUUCAGUGAGCUAGACAAACAGCACAGCGAGGAACAGAGCGGGGACGAGCUGUCGGAGCUGGUGGCCGCCCCAGCAGACGAGCUCUAUCAUGUGGAAGGCACCAUCAUUCUACACAUUGUGUUUGCUAUCAAACUGGACUGUGAAUUGGGCAGAGAACUCCUGAAACACGUGAAGGCCGGACAGCAAGGGGACUCCAGUAAGUCCCUGUAUCCUUUCAGCAUCGCUCUUCUCCUCUCGCUGACAAGAAUGCAGAGAUUUGAGGAGCAGGUGUUUGAUCUUUUAAAGACUUCCGUUGUUAAAAGCUUUAAGGAUCUUCAGCUCCUCCAAGGCUCAAGGUUUCUUCAGACUCUUGUCCCUCAGAGAACUUGUGUUUCCUCCAUGAUCUUAGAGGUGGUAAAGAAUAGUGUUCAUAGUUGGGAUCAUGUAACUCAAGGUCUGAUAGAACUUGGUUUCAUCUUAAUGGAUUCCUAUGGGCCAAAGAAGACUCUUGAUGGAAAAGCUGUUGAAACUGGCUCCAGUCUUUCUAAAAUGACAAACCAGCACGCGUGUAAGCUGGGAGCUAAUAUCUUGCUGGAGACCUUUAAGAUUCACGAGAUGAUCAGACAGGAGAUUCUGGAGCAAGUCCUCAACAGAGUUGUCACUCGGACAUCCUCUCCCAUCAAUCAUUUCUUAGACUUGCUUUCGGAUAUCGUCACAUACGCACCUUUAAUUCUGCAGAGCUGUUCUAAAGUCACAGAGACUUUUGACUGUUUGUCCUUCCUGCCCCUCCAGACGGUGCAGGGGCUGCUCAAGGCAGUGCAGCCGCUUCUCAAAGUCAGCAUGUCGGUGAGAGACUCCUUGAUCCUCGUCUUGCGGAAAGCUAUGUUUGCCAGCCAGCUGGAAGCCCGGAAAUCCGCAGUUGCUGGGUUUUUGCUGCUCUUGAAGAACUUCAAAGUCUUAGGCAGCCUGUCAUCCUCCCAGUGCAGCCAGUCUAUUGGCGUCACUCAGGUGCAGGUGGACGUGCAUAGCCGCUACAAUGCUGUUGCCAAUGAAACCUUUUGCCUUGAGAUCAUAGACAGUUUGAGAAGAUGCUUAGGCCAGCAGGCUGAUGUUCGGCUCCUGCUUUAUGAGGGCUUCUAUGAUGUUCUUCGCCGCAACUCCCAGCUGGCCAGUUCGAUCAUGCAGACUCUCUUCUCACAGUUAAAGCUGUUCUAUGAGCCAGAGCCUGAUCUGCUACCUCCUCUGAAGCUGGGAGCUUGUGUUCUGACCCAAGGAAGUCAAAUCUUUCUACAAGAACCGCUGGAUCACCUGCUGUCUUGCGUUCAUCAUUGCUUGGCCUGGUAUAAGAACAGAGUGAUCCCCCUGCAACAGGGGGAUGAAGGAGAGGAAGAAGAGGGGCUGUGCCGUGAGCUGGACGACAUGCUAGAGUCCAUUACUGUCAGAAUGAUUAAGAGUGAGCUAGAAGACUUCGAGCUGGAUAAAUCAGCAGAUUUUUCUCAGAGCACUAGCGUCGGCAUCAAGAAUCAUAUCUGUGCCUGUCUCAUAAUGGGAGUCUGUGAAGUUCUGAUAGAAUAUAAUUUCUCCAUCAGUAACUUCAGCAAGAGUAAGUUUGAGGAGAUUCUGAGCCUAUUUAUGUGUUACAAGAAGUUCUCUGACAUCCUCAAUGAAAAAGCUGGUAAAGGCAAGACGAAAAUGACCAGCAGGACAAAUGAUAGCCUCUUGUCCAUGAAGUUUGUGUCUGAUCUUCUCACGGCUCUCUUCAGAGACAGCAUCCAGAGUCAUGAAGAGAGCCUGUCUGUCUUGCGGUCCAGCAAUGAGUUUAUGCACUACGCAGUGAACGUAGCUCUGCAGAAGGUCCAGCAGCUAAUACGAAGAGGGCACGUGAGUGGUCCUGAUGGCCAAAACCCAGACAGGAUCUUCCAGAACCUCUGUGACAUAACUCGGGUCUUACUGUGGAGAUACACGUCUAUUCCUACCUCUGUGGAAGAGUCAGGAAGGAAAGAGAAAGGAAAGAGCAUCUCACUGCUGUGCUUGGAGGGUUUGCAGAAGACAUUCAGCGCUGUGCAACAGUUCUAUCAGCCCAGGAUCCAGCAGUUUCUCAGGGCUCUGGAUGUCACAAGCACAGAAGAAGAGGGAGAAGAAGCAGGUGUCACUGUCACUCAGAGAGCUACGUUCCAGAUCCGGCAAUUUCAGAGGUCCCUGUUGAACUUGCUGAGCAGUGAAGAGGAAGAUUUUAACAGCAAGGAGGCCUUGCUGCUCAUCGCGAUUCUCUCCACCUUGUCCAGGCUGCUGGAGCCCUCCUCUGCUCAGUUUAUGCAGAUGUUAUCCUGGACGUCUAAGAUUUGCAAGGAAUACAGCCUGGAGGAUGCCUCAUUUUGUAAGAGUUUGAUGAGCCUCUUCUUCAGCCUGCAUGUCUUACAUAAGAGUCCUGUCACCCUGCUUCGUGACUUGUCCCAGGAUAUCCAUGGGCAGCUGGGAGACAUAGACCAGGUAGAUAUAGAGAUAGAGAAGACAAACCACUUUGCAGUAGUGAAUCUGAGAACAGCUGCCCCCACUGUCUGCUUACUCGUUCUGAGUCAGGCCGAGAAAGUCCUAGAAGAAGUGGACUGGUUAAUCGCCAAGAUUAAGGGCUCAGUGAACCAAGAAACCCUAUCUGCUGAAGUGACUCCAGAAGCUGCCUCUUCUCAAGCAGUCCCGUCAAGUCCUCUCAUGGAGAAAGCCAUCAUCAUGCAGCUGGGGACCCUGGUUACAUUCUUCCAUGAGCUGGUGCAGACGGCCCUGCCGUCAGGCAGCUGCGUGGACACUUUACUAAAGGACCUGUCCAAAAUCUACAGCACCCUAACAGCGUUUGUCAAAUACUGUCUGCAGGUGUGUCAGAGCUCCAGAGGAAUUCCCAACACUGUGGAAAAGUUGGUGAAGCUGUCCGGCUCUCAUCUGACGCCCUUGUGUUACUCCUUCAUUUCUUAUGUACAAAAUAAGAGGAACAACAACCCAAAGCGCACAGAGAAGGAGAAGGCUGCAGCGGGCACAAUCAUGGCUAAAGUUCUUCGUGAAACCAAGCCAAUCCCUAACCUUGUGUUUGCCAUUGAGCAGUAUGAAAAGUUUCUGAUCCAUCUAUCAAAAAAGUCCAAGGUAAACUUGAUGCAGCACAUGAAACUAAGUACUUCUCGGGACUUCAAGAUCAAAGGCAACAUUCUCGACAUGGUUCUUCGAGAGGAUGAGGAAGAUGAAAGUGAAGAGGGUUCUGUCUUAGGUUUGUUUGAAGCUAGAAGUAACAUCAGUAGCCUGAACCCAUUCAAAUUGCAAGUUUAUGUAAAAUAACCUGGAUUUCUGGCUUAGCAGAAAAGUUGAUCCUGAAUUCUU